AUGGUCAGGUCCUUUCCUUGUGUAUAGCUUUUCUAAAGGCUGAUGAAAUAAAAUAUGCUUUCAUAGUUGAAUGGUACAAUGAUGAAUCUGGUCUUAUUACAAAGUAUAAGUUACUAUUCUUCCCCAGUGAUAACUCUGUUGAGAUGGUAAGUCUCAGAGAAUGUUUGAAGUAAAAUAGCACGAUAUAAAAGCAGGAAGACUUUUCCUAAAGCGAACUAAGGUUGAUACUGUGAAGGAAUCCGACCUUUUCAUUGGAAGCUCGAUUAAUAUUUUAGCUCGCCACUUGUGUAUCGUAGAUUUUGGGGAUGAGUUCACGGCAAAAGUUAUGGCUGGGAAUUCGGAACGGUACAGUUAAAGGCCUGUUUUACCACUUCUUAAAUAGCUGUGUUUGCAUUAUCUCCCCCUCGGGAACUUGUAAAGCCGGGACCUACAUUGGUGACCUCGAGAAGAAUGGUUUUAAAGUCAUCAACAUCAAAAUGCUCUAUCUAAGUAGCAUGGAAGUCCGUAAAUAUUUCGCCAACGAAGUUGAAUGCCAGUUUCUGGAGUAAGUACGAAAUAUUUUGAACAUUUAAUUUUGUUCCAUUUUCUAUGCGAAGAAUGACUGUGCUACUUCCUUCAUAUCUUACUACAAUUUCUGCAAGAUUAACGUAAGCCACGACUGACUGGGACAAAUCCGAGUUAUCUUUUGGUCACUUAAGUUUACAGAUGAAGCAACAUUGUCUUAUUUUCAACCAACAGUUAUAAGAAACACCACGGUACUCUCUUUAGCAGCUUAAUUAUCUGACUAUACGAUCUAAUCAGAUUUCGGGAUAAUGGACUGAUGAAUUUCCGCAAUGACAAAAUAAUUAACAAGCAACAUUAAUGUUGCUUCAUUUUUAAACUAUGCCAUAUACCUUAUCAAAAUUUGCCCAUGAAGUAUUCAACAUUCGUAAUUUGUAAGUCAUUUCUGCAUUCAGAGUCUUUCGUGUACUUAUUCCUUCAGUUUUCUAGCAUCACGUCUCUGGUUAUUUCUUUGCUCCUCUUACAGUAAGCUUACAAGCGCGCUGGCUGAUCAUGGUAUGAUUGCGCUCGAAUUGAUGCGGAGAGACGCAAACGCCGUUCUUCGCCAAAUAGUUUAUGGCAAAACUUCCGGUGAUCAAAUUGACCUAUUUGCCAACCCCGAUAUUUUUGUGCUGGCGCAUGAUGCGGAGGCCGCAGCGAAACAGGCCCACCUCCUUUUUUCAACUCCAUCUUCACAAUCCAGCCGUCUAAUUGGCAAUAUUCUGGACUGUACUUGUGCUGUUGUGAAGCCACAUGCCCUUAACGACGGUUCGUUUGAUUUAAGGAGCUCAGGAAAUUAGUGAAAAUGGAAUUAAGCCUUUUGAAUUUGCUUUAUUGCUUUCUAGUUUUGAUAUCCCUACUCGCAGGCGUUUUCUACAGGUAGUCUAGCAGCUACUAAGCGUUUCAGCUUUCAGAUUAUUUUCCUCACUUAUUUUUGAAUUUGAAUAUACGGCUCUAGGUCGCUUACCAUAAACAUACCCACUUUUAGUUAUUUUAUAGGCGGCUUUUAGGAGGAAUUGUACAAACAGUCGGAAUAUUUUAUCUAGAUUAUUCAAUUACUCGUAGUACAUCCUGUUCUGAACGUUACUAAAAGGUGAUUUUCGGCUCUGGUCUUUAGUUAGAAUGUAUAUUAUUCAGCAUAGUGUGAUCCAUCCAACUCGGAAAAUGGUUGAACAUAUCACCAUUAAAACGAACGUAAAUAGCUGCGUGUGUAAGACAGAAGCAAAGUUGUAAGAAGUCUACAGCAAAUGGUUCAUAACAAUGCAGAUCAUUUUUGGUAUGUUCAGUGUUCUAGCUAAUGGGCUACUAAGGGCUAGUUCCUUUAUUUCGGUUGCUGUUAGAAUUAGGUUCGCAACCGUCCUUAAUCUGAGUGGGCUGUUGGCUGUGCUCCGACUUCUGCAGUCAAAAGAAUUAUUCCUCGGACCGCCUGAAUACAAGAGCCAAUUUAUUUGAAUGCUGAUCUUGCCGCAAGUGGGGCAUAUUCCGGCUAAUUCAUCUUGCUCGAUUCUGUUUUGAGGUUUUAUUGAAGUUGCAGUUUUCGGGGUCCAGUUAGUCUGCAGGGCUAAAAGUCCGGUCUUAAAGAUCGACAGCAGUUCUGGCACCUGUUUUGCUGACAUACGCUUCGUCCCUUAGAAACAAUGUUAACAACCUGCUGCGCAAUAGGCUGAAGGGUAUGAAGGUUUCAGAAGAAGAAGAAGAAGAAGAAGAAGAAACGUAAGAAUGUCUGGUACCUUUAAAAGAAUAAAAAAGUAGACCAGGCCCAUUCCCUUUGGCGGGCGGCGUAAACGUCGGAGCUCAUAGUUAGGUGGUAUAAAAAUUGCGGAACUUACCGUUUAUUAUCAUUGAGUCUGUCUCCCAAACUCGCAGUCCUGAUCCUGUCUCCGGUGCAGAUUACGGAAUAAUAAUGGCUACGAAGAAGAAAUGUCUAUCGAAAGGUUAACUUGCUUAACGUAUGAAGGCCAGUACUCCUGUAGCGUACAGUUUUUUGCGGCGUUGAAGACCAGUACACGCCUACUAGGGCAGUUAAAGAUACAGUAGGCGUUUACUGCGCGACGGUUGGUUUGCUUUAGUUGGUAACCAACUCACACCAAUCCUGUUCUUUUCUAUUCCGUAUAUUUGGGGGAGUAGCCAUAACACAGGUUGUGGAGGGAGGAAAUUGAUUAUCUAGUUGAGUUUUGUUGAUUUUGGACCACUGGAGUCGGUCGCAGAUUGCUGCCGUGCCAUGAUUUGCCAUGGCCAUGCCCAGUCAUGAUUAAAUACCUUCUAUUACUUCUAGCCAGUUUGUGCUGUACGGUGAGGCAUGUCUUACUUCGGAUCAGGAUUCCUGGUCGAGGUUCCGUGGCGAGUUUGCCCGGAGGUGAUCGUCCUCCGUAAAACGGCAUUGAAAUGGAGGUUCUUUCGGAUUUAGUUUGUUGUUUACUUCAGCACUUUAUGCUUGCGUUCUUAUUCAACCAGGCAGUUAUUUUUAUAAUUCAUAUGCUGAGUAUUCACGGUCUUUUGACAGAUAACAAUUUCUAGUUUGCUUUCUGUAUGUCUUGUCGCUGGGACAUCACAAAACAGUAGUUUGUCCCCUUCCGGUCGUGCUGUGGCCUAGUUAUCAGGAAGGGCAGAGCAGGGAGGUUUGUCAUAUACACACGUGCUUGUACAAAACAAGUGCAUUCGCCAAAGUUUCGACAAUACAUUUGCGCUCCUGAAUAGUCCAAAAUUAUUUCCAAUCAGACACAGGUUCGUGAAUCGAAUAAUUCAAAGGAAGCCUUGGAAACAUGAGAAACUGUUUGGAAUUUCACACCAAGGAACUAGGUUUGGCAAACGAAUAAGGUCACGAAGUAAAUAUUCUUGAACUGUUCUGUCCGUUAAGAAGCCAAAUGAGCGUCCACAAUCUAAAAUAUUUCAUGCUGUCCUUCAGCAAGUGCUAGACAGUAAUUUGCCGUCUCUCGUUUGAACUUUUAUUUGCGGCAUCUGUUAAUCUGAAUGUUGUCGUUUUGCAUCUAGGUCACUUGGGUGAAAUCUGGGCAAGCAUUCAAGAGAAAGGCUUCUGUGUGGUGGCUGCCCAAGUGUUCAGGCUUUCAAAAGUGGAUGCUGCUGAAUUUCUUGAAGUUUAUAAAGGUGUCAUUGCCGAGUACCCAGAAGUUGUCGAGGAAUUCACGUCUGGUCCUUGUGUCGCCAUGCAAAUUGCAAAUUCCUAUAAUGCCGAAACUUUUGAUCCUAACCGGGGACCUGACGACCCACAGUCCGUCCAACACCGAUUUCGAGAAUUUGUGGGCCCUAUGGACCCAGUAAGUAAAUAUACUUGAUUUUUGUGAUUUCUGGUGACAGGGUUAUGUAUUAUCUUAAAUCAUUUCAUUUCCAUUACUUGACGAUUUUUUAAAUCAUGGCAGACUUCUUUACGUCAAUGAAUUAUGAAAGUUUUCACUAGGCUGGCUUCUUAAUUUCUCCGAAGUUGCCUGUUUUUAACGGGUCAACGCAGAACACUUUUUUGAAAGACACUAUCUAUGAACUUUAAGCUUCUGUGCGUAUGCCAUCAACAACGAUGGAAGGUUUAACAAACUGUAUCUGUAGUUUUAGUCCAGAAGGAUACUCAUUGUUAGGGUGAAAUCUUGAAUGAUCAACCAACAUUUUGUUGUGUACGUGCCAACGAGAGACCAUGCUCCAUGCUAUCGUUAGGCCGAUUUCAUCUGAUUACGGUUUUGCUGUUCAAAACACGCUUAAGGACUCUGUUUGAUGGUUUCCGUGCUUCGGUACUUAGUGUAUUUCUAUCCAAGCCAGCACAUAAAAAGGCGGAAUCUGGUUAUUUAUUUUGCAAGGUCUUGUGCAUCAAAGAAACUCACAACUUGAAAUUAAGUAACGGAGAGGUUGGUAACAAAGGCAGUACGGUCGGUCGCAAACGGCCUGGGCAGUGUUGUUGUUCACUCAUCUUCGCGAAACUGUUUGUCCGACAUUUUUUGAAGAUUUUCAAGACCACGUAGACGCCACAUGGUAUGUACGAUGUACCAUAUUUUAGAGUCGGCGACUUUGCCAGGUCAGUUCUCUUGGAAUGCACAUUACUAUUUCCGCCUGAUCAGAGGGUAAUUGAUGUAUAUCUGUAGUCCUGGACCUCACUUACCCUAAAGGAGGACACUCGAAUAUCAGGUAUUGUCAGCAUGAAGUCCUAAAUCUUCUAUCGACGGCCGUAAGGCAAUCGCGAAUGGUCACCCUAUCGUACCCCUCAACUUUGGGUACACAGUGCUGCCAGACCCCUUCCCGUAUUCUGUUAACAUCUGCUGGUCCAGUCGGCUUAAAUAGGACUCAAAUUGCACAUGUGAUUUUAAACAAUUUUUCAGAUAUGAAUUUUAAACCUGCACGUACUCGUUUGCAACGUAAUGAGGCGACAGAAGUCCACUUUAAAGGGGUCGCGAAAUUUCUUAAUUUCAUUAAAUUCUACUGUGCCAACUUGUUUUCAGCAUGAUUUUUAUUUUUUCUCCAGAGUAGGUAGAGCAUAGUGUCUUUAUUUUGAUACCUUGUUGUGUCUGAUCGCGAUUCUGUCGGGUUUUUAUAGGUUUGAAAUAUUGAGCGUAAAUUAUUCCCACGCGUUGUUCUUUGUCUGGUAAUAUCUAUAGUAAGAUGUACGUUCUGGUUCAUAUGUGUAUCGAAGACUUACAGAUUUUGCGAGCGUUUUGUACAAGUUGUAAGCUUCUCAAUUUAAGCGGUUAUAAGCGGAUUGCCUAACCCGUUUAUGAUAUCGUUUUCACAAUUUCACUGCAUAAGUAAAUUAACUCAUUCCUUUUCAUAUCUGCUGCCACGUUGAAUUUCAUGCUCAACGUCUGGCUAUGUUUUAGGAAAUCGCUAGGUAUUUGAAACCUGACACUAUUCGCGCACGAUUCGGGAUAAACUUGAUCAAGAACGCUCUUCAUUGUACAGACCUGCCCGAUGAUGUCCCUAUUGAGGUAAGUAGUCAUCUGAAUUGAGUACUACUUCAUGUUCCGAGGGAUAAUACUCCAAGAAUGCAGUCGUUCAUAGUUGACCUUCGGCACCUAUCACCAGGAAAACUCGAUUUGCAAAUGUUCGGGAUUUUAAGCCAGACAAAAAGUAGUCUUAUUAUCAGACAGGGUGGUUUAAAAUACAAACUCUCUCUAAGCGAAAACUACUCUGACGCCUUUUAGCAGUGUUUUAGAAAACACAAUCUUUCCUCAACCCCACUUUCCUCCAACCCACAGCCUGCCCACCUUUGCCCAUCCCGCUAUCUGUGCCACUAUGAAUACCCACGAUCUAAGUUCAUUCUCAAAAUUUACUUUUUACCCUGCUUGCAAAGUACAUGUUACUGGUGUUUUGCAAUUGCACUUUACGUUGAAGUGACAGAGGAUAAUUGGAAUAGGCAACUCAGUAUGACAGCGAUGAAUGACUGUCAGAGUUCUAGGUUAAUCACCCCCGCAUUCGGUCGGUCACUAUCGGCAGCUGCGACUGGCCGUACUGACUGAAAACGUCAAGCAAUGUUCCUUAAUUUUCAGACGAGAAACUUGCUAUGGUGCGCCAAGCACACUGUCGUCAGACAGUGAGCGCCGGAAGUGGGACAUCUUCGAAUCUGCAAUCAAUUACUGAAGGCUAUUUUGCCACCUUUCCCGUUAUAAGGAUGCUGUGGGACAUGUGCCGGUAGAGUUCUGCAGUUGUAUCUCGGUCGCGUAAAGUAGGGGCCUGUCAGCAGACUGUUGCUUACACGCGUCUCGUCUCUGUUGUCCACCUUUAAAACUGUUUUUGAAGAAUAUCAAAAAGGACCUCAACUUACGCUCCUUUGCAAGUACUGGCAGACCGCCCUGGGACAAGAGCAGGCAAAUACACUCUUCCUCAUUCAUGAUCUACACGCUGGCUAGUGCCAUCAGGAUGGACCGUUUCUUAAGGUUAUUAUCUUCAUCACAUCCUGAUCUGCGUCUAGUUAACAAAUCUUAGUUAUUUUAUUUCUUUGCCGACUGACGGCCUUCUGACUUCAGGUUUUUGAAACUCGCCUCCAUUCACUUUUUACUCAGCACCUACCGUAUUAGAGUUCAUUUUGGAGUAAAUUGAGUAAUCCAGCGUCAUGCAGCAUAACCUUCUGGGCCAGCAUCCUUCAGGGCUCAUGUAAACACGAUUUGGGCACAUUGGUCACGCGGUUACACUUAUGCUUUCAGAAAUGCUAAGUUUACAAUUUUUACUCAAUUAUUUAUUUUUCAUGCAAGUCCUGGAUUUUUCUAAGUUCCUCCUCGAUGCUAUCUGUUGAACAAAUUUUUCUAGCUCUUUGUGGUCCACACAACAUCAGCUGGCACCACGCAGCUAUCGAGAUACCUUUCAAUUCAUUGACGACAUUAAAGACCUCAACCUUAACGGCAUAAUGCUGUUCUCACUAGACGUCGCAUCACUUUUUACAAACGUCCCGGUCACCGAGACAGUUGAUUACAUCUGUGAUUUUCUAUCUGCCAGUCAUCAAGAAAUAGGAAUACUGACGAAAACACUCAAGGAACUAUUAGUAAGAUGCACAUUAAAUGUGCAGUUCCUUUUUGACAACCAACUCUAUAGACAAAUAGACGGCGUUGCCAUGGGCUUGCCUCUUGGACCUCUCUUUGCCGACGUCUUCAUGGGCAAGCUGGAAAGAUUUCAACUAAGCGAUCGGAUCAAAAAUCUCGAACAUUAUGGUCGCUGCGUUGAUGAUAUCUUUGCGAUUGCAACCACAGAAACCGACGUCGCUGCCCUCCUAAAUGCUGUAAAUCAGGCACAUCUGUCGAUCAAUUUCGCAUUGGAGAUGGAAUCGGCUGGUUCGCUUCCUUUUCUAAAUGGCCUUCUAAACGGGAGAUCUGACAGUAGCAUCCGAAGGAGCGUCUCUCGGAAGAAAACCUGGUCUGGACAAUACACGAACUUCGCUAGUUUUGUACCUCUCCAACAAAAACGGAAUCUAGUCAGGUGUUUGGCACAAAGGGCUAGAAAAAUUUGUUCAACAGAUAGUAUCGAGGAUGAACUUAGAAAAAUCUAGAACUUGUUUCGCGAAAACGGGUACCCUGACAGAUUCAUUGCAAAGAACCUUGACGAACGACGCGCAAAACCCACCACACGGACUGCUGACAAGAAAACGUUGUUCCUCAAAGUCCCCCUCCAAGGAGACGCUGCAAGGGAACUCCUAAGAAGACGCCUUGACCAAGCUGUCUCGGGAAAUUUUCCAGCAGCAAGGGUUCGCAUAUCAUUUUCUACUAACCUUAUUUUACGCGGAGAAAGCAAGGAUAGGCUGCCACUUCAGGCCGCCUCAAUGUGCAUCUACUCAUUCACUUGCUCCUGUGGAGCAGGUUAUAUUGGUCGUACGAGUCGGCGCCUUUCCAAAAGAAUACGAGAGCACCUUCCCGCAUGGCUGGCAAAGGGUGAAAUAGGAGAAUAGACAGCGCCAUCCUUGCGCAUGCAGUGGAUUCAGGGCAUCGUGUGGACCCCGCUGAAGCAUUUCGUGUGAUUUACAGGGUCCCCUCGAGCUACACUAAGCUACUGGGUCAGUGCCCGUUAGCAACAGCAGAAGCGGCCGCCAUAAGUUUACGAAAACCGACCCUAUGCGCCCAAAAGAACCUUGUUCAGGCUCCGCGCUUACCGUGGUCAAAGGUUGACUAACAACAUACCACUUUCUGCGCCCUUCCGCUCUUGCCCAGCCUGGAAUUUAAAAAACUAACCCCAUCCCAUUUAACUUUAUUGGCCUGACGAGAAGUUACCGAAAGGAACGUUCGCUCGCCACUGUCUCUUCUGAACAUUGUUAUGGGGAUUUUCACAACUUCUGUUUUACUCUCGUUGGUCUUUGGACCAAACCCGUGGUCCAGUGGUUAGAGGCGUGGACUUCUAACUAACGGGUCGCGAGUUCGAGCCUCGGGUGGUCCACACUUCGGGGUUAGGUAUGGUUGGCUGAUUACGGCUAAUAAGCCAGAACUGACCAUUCCAGUCUCCCUUUUCUUUGUCGUUAAUGCCAUUCUGUCUAUAUCAUGCGCGCUGUGCGGCUGCCGGUUGGGCUCGAGAGAGAGCCCGUAAGGCACAACGGAGCGAUUGAUUUCCGUAAGAACGAUCGGUGAGCACCCCCUACCACCAAACAUUAUGUCAAAUCGGAACACAAGUCAACCAUGCUCUCCUUCCAUUUAAUAGCAAGCAAAAAAGGCUCUCGCCGGAGUUCUGUAGUUGAGGCACGCCCAGGUCUUAUUUAGGCGUGACCAGACUACCCAGGCUUAUGCAUGUUAACUGUUUAAAGAUGUAUCAGUUCUACAGUAGGCAUUCUGACUUACUGACGUCUAAUCACAUGCAGAAUGUUGGACUCCAAAGAACUAGCUAUAUUUUUAGUUUAGAAGGUCAGGUUUGUACCCUCUACAACAGUAUAUUUCCAGUGAUUCUGCUGCUUUUGGCUCCCUGAAUCGUGAGGGCACCAAAAAUAUGAAACCAUUUUAAUAUUCGAAAGGUCAAUCUAUAAGCAUAGCUAAGCUGUAUAUCAUCAAAAAGAGUCAUCGUCGAGCCCUAAUGUCUCGUUAAAUAGUGUUCGUUGUUGAAACAGACUCAUACUAAAAUUCCGCCUUUAGCUCGGCUGCAGCGCAAACAACUCAUGAUCGCAGGUGCGAUGCCUACCAUCUUUUCCUACUCGCGUACUUAGUGGAUAUCUCGGUCAACAAUUUUACUGGUUAACUCAAUACUAGGUUAAAUGGUCGUAAAGACGAGUACUCCGAAAUGUUUAGCAAGCGUAUGCGCCUCUAGAUAUGGCGGUGGCUGUCAAACUGGGUAUGUUCCAUACAUACCAGAUGUUUUUCUAGUCAUUUUCACAAAAUAAUGCUCCCUUGCGGCUCCAAACUGAGACACCUUUUAGUCCCUACCGACAAAUACUGAACCCACUUUUGUCAAAUUCCGAAAUCUUCUGCCGAGUUCCACAUCAUACGUACUUCCAAAAAACACUAGUAGGCAAAUAGUUACAUGCAACUUACAUGCAAAUCACUUCGUCCCGGUACAUGGUUAUUUUCACAAGAACUGAAAUCACAUUUUCCUUUAUCAUCUCAGUACUCUAAUUAAUGUUCUUAUACACGGGAUACUUGUUCGAUUGGCGAAUUACAUAAUUUGUUUUCAAAGGUGAUGCCAGAGUCUCGUCAAUGAAUACAAGUAACAGUUAGACACGUGCAUGUACCUGUGUUAGUAGUUGCAUUCAUUCACCGCAUGGGCCUAUCUGGCCACAUGCUCCUCCACGAAAAUCUUCGGUGAUGCACCACAGACUUGAUCACAUCAUUACACAUUCUCCCCACCAAUGCGUACAUCAUACAAACUCUCCCCUAUCGCCGCCCAGCACCGACACCUCUCACGUAAGUGAGAGGUAAGUCCUUCGGCUCCUCACCAUGUGGCUUCUCAGCUACACUUGAGAUCUCUGCCGCACCCUACAUGAUAUACGCAAAUCCUGGCCACUUGUAGGCUCUGACCAGGUGGUGUAUGACAAGAUGUAGUGACACGCAGGCCCAUGCCAUGGAAACUGGGAUUCGCGUCGCUGCCCUACCCUCUUGUUCUUGUGCUCAAAUACCGUACGUAAGCGUUUCCUAUAGACCGAACAGCGUGGUGGUACGCUUAGGCGCGGAUUUUCGUCGUGCCAGCCGCCGGAAUCCUCUGCUACCUUCAGUCUUCUUCACUCUAUCAUGACAGCAGACUAAUAAACUAAUCCACACGCACGUCACCGCGCCUGCUUCCAGCCUGUUGUGAAGCGCGCGGUGGACAUUGUCGAAAUCGACUGUCGAAACGCUGCAGUUGCAUUUUUCGACUCGUACACACAAUCGAUUAGUCUGUUAGGACGUCUGUAGGUCAACACUGGUCGACCAACAACUGUGAUAUGGGAAAAACAUCAACAGAUUAUUCGGGCUCUACUCGAUGCCUUAGCGCAUGCUUUAACAUAAUUGUGGAAUAGUUUAUCUCGCCAAUUCGUUGGUGUGCCUUUGAGAGGUUUUGGAGACGAGACUUGUACUGUUUAUUGCCUUCACUUACACUUACACUUAAAAUCGUUUGCGUUGACAUGCAUCAGGGAUUUUUGCUUUUUCUUAUUCUUUUAGAUCGACUUUUUCUUCCGCAUACUGGAGAAAUAA